AUGGGGGACGCGGAGCUGCGCUGCACGGUGGCCGUGGAGCAGCCGGUGCCGGGCGCUGCUGCCCCGCACCGCCGCGUGCUGCGGAAGGCUCGGGUGCUGCUGGGUCGCAACGAGCUGCGGCAGCCGGUGCUGCGGGUGUCCGGGGGCGGUGGCGGCGGGGCGGCGCUGAGCUGGGCGCUGAGCGGGGACGCGGUGCGGGUGUUCUCGCGGUUCGCGGGCGAGGGUCGGGCGACGGUGCGGGUCGGGCCGGGCGGGGCGCAGGUGCUGCUGUCCGACUGCCCCCCCCACGCCCUGCGCCGCUUCCUCCGCCUGCUGCGGGACAAGCUGCCCGCCGCGCCCCCGCGGCCGCCCCCGCUCCGGCACCGCCCGCCGCCCGCCUUCGAGGCCAUCAGCCCCGUGCGGGACACGGCGCGGCGCGCGGCGGCGGCGGUUCCCCGCAUGGAGAGGCGGCCCCCGGUGAUGCUCUCAGCGGAGCAGGAGGCGGUGCUGAGCGCCGUGAGGAGCGGGAAGAGCAUCUUCUUCACCGGCUGUGCAGGCACCGGGAAGUCGUUCCUGCUGAAGAGGAUCGUGGGCUCCCUUCCUCCAAAGAGCACUUAUGUUACAGCCAGCACGGGAGUGGCAGCUUGCCACAUCGGGGGCACCACUCUCCAUGCCUUUGCAGGAAUUGGCUCUGGGAAGGCACCACUGGAACAGUGCGUUCAGCUGGCAGAGCGGCCAGGGGUGUGGCAGCACUGGCUGGCCUGCCAGCACUUAAUCAUCGAUGAGAUCUCCAUGGUGGAUGGCAAGUUCUUUGACAGGCUGGAGGCAGUGGCGAGGGCAGUGAGAAAAAGGGAUGAGCCUUUUGGAGGAAUUCAGCUAAUCAUCUGUGGGGACUUUUUGCAACUACCCCCAGUCUGCAAGGCUAAUGAAGAAACCAAGUUCUGCUUCCAGGCAAAAAGCUGGAGGAAAUGCAUCCACAUAAACAUGGAGCUAACCGAAGUGCGGAGACAGACUGACAAGACCUUUGUCUCGCUCCUGAGUGCAGUCCGUUUAGGCAGGUGCACGGAGGAGGUCACCAGGCUGCUGAUGCAGACGGCUGCUAACAGGUCUGAGCGUGAUGGGAUCUUGGCUACGCGGCUCUGCACCCAUAAAGAUGAUGUAGAAGUGACUAACGAGAGACGCUUGCAACAGCUGUCAGGAGAAGUGCACACUUUUGAGGCUCUGGACAGUGACCCAAUGCUAGUGAAGUUGAUUGAUGCUCAGUGUCCUGUGGGUGGUAGAGUUGAGCUAAAGCUCGGAGCUCAGGUGAUGCUAGCUAAGAACCUGGAUGUACCUCAAGGGCUGGUGAAUGGAGCACGAGGAGUUGUUGUAGGAUUUGAAAGUGAAGAGAAGGGGCUGCCUAAGGUUAGAUUUCUCUGUGGGGUCACACAGAUCAUCAAAAUGGAGAAAUGGGUCUUCAAAGGACCAUCAGGAAUUCAUCUGAGUCGUCAACAGUUGCCUUUAAAAUUGGCAUGGGCCAUUUCCAUUCACAAGAGUCAGGGCAUGACUUUAGAUUGUGUGGAGAUCUCCUUGUCUCGCGUCUUUGAAAGCGGGCAGGCUUAUGUAGCCCUUUCUCGAGCUCGCAGCCUUGAAGGUCUCCGUGUUCUGGAUUUUGACCCCAAAGUGGUGAGAGCUGAUCCUGCUGUAUUGCAGUUCUACAGACAGCUGAAACGUCAUCAACUUCUAACCCAGGAUUCCUUACACUCUCAAUCAGAUGAGAAGGAGAACUGGAAAUGCAGCUGAGAUGCUCUUCUAGCCUCUGCGAGGCAACAACACGGAAUGCUGCUUUGCACCAAUCUUGUUUUGAAUAUAUCUGACAACGUUGAUGAAGUCAAAGGAAUUUUUUUAACAUUUCCUUUGUUCCGCUGACUCCAGAUGUGUGGAAGUCUUCGUGCCUCUGAAAUUCAGAAGAUUUCUGUUGCCCCUUUCUGGGCCCGCAGUCUUGAGUUCUUCUGUGUCACAGAUGCAACUCUAGCAAAUGCAAUGACUGAACAAGGACUUAUCUGAGGGACCUUCCUACACUUCUAUCCUGCCUGCCUGGUUGCAUUUUGUUCUCCACAUAUGCAGACUGAAAGUUGUGUGUUUUUCUUUCAGUUAUGCCAUGGCUGAGACAGAGCAGGUGUCCUCUUUGCCUGGAUGGAGUAGACCUGUUCACAAGAGCUGCUGACACACGGGAAAGCAGUGCGAGGUAUCUGCAAUGCACAGGUUUGAUUCUCCUGCAAGCGAGGAGCUGCCAGGAGCCAGGCUGUCACUUUAGAGCAUGCUGGGGUGUUCGUGCCUUCCAGAUGUUUAACAUCAGGAAUUUUUGCAUAACUUCAUUCCUAAGCUGAACUAAGAGUCUUAUAGAGUGCCUGUUAUGCUGAUACAUAGCCUUUUAAUUAGUCUGUUGUGUUCAACAAGAUAUAAUUUUAUUUUUUUAACCUUUAGAAAUGAGCUGUUAAAAAUAGGAACAAACCCUAUAUCUUAUACCCAUGAUUAUGGAACUACAUGAAUAAUGAAGAUCCAUUACCCCGCUAGCAAGAAGGGAGUGAGAAGAGAUGGGUGCUUGUGGGAAUCCUUGUUUAAACACAAGGUUCGCUCAAAGAGGGGGAGUUUCUGCUGGAGAUGACCCAUGUGACCGAGAGGUGGAAGUUGAAUGUGCAAUAGGCAAUAAUAGUGAAGAGUGUGUGAAGUGAGCUGAAACUUCACCCGUUUCGGCAAAAGCUGAAAUAUACUGUCUUUCCAAAGCCUUAAUAAAGGAGAAACUUUGGUCUUUGUAUUUUAGCACACCAUUUAAGCUUUAUGUAACCUGUACAGUUUUAAAUGUUUACCAGGUGGUAAUGUGAAAUAUCAACAUCCUGCUGGAAUUGGUCUCUUGCAGAUUAUGUCUCUGUAACAAAGCUUCUGCAGUUUGAAUGAGUUGAAGACUGCUUCUUGGCAGCUGUUCUCCUUAAAGCCAAGGGAGGACGCUGACUAGCCAGUGGUUAACGUAACAGAAAGCAGACCGGUGGGGGCAUUUCAAAAUAUAUUUUUUUUUAAGUGGGGUUU